AUGGGCCUAGAAAAGCAACCGCUUGAACUCGUUCGCUUACGUCGACAGUUAGCAGGCGCAGCUGAGUCUCUUCUACUUGAUCCGAACCAAGGAAUUCGUGUUCCCUCGCAAUCGGAUACAUCCAGUUUGACGGAGCGUCUUUCCAAUGCGGAAAGAGAGUUGGCAUUGGAAAAACAGAAAACCACCACUCUGGAUGCCGAACUGCGUGAUUUGAAAACAAGCACCGAUCAAAGUCAAUCUCUCGCCGCGCAACAACUGGAAGCGUGUUUACGCAAACAAUUGGACAAUUUCAGUGAUUUGACCGGGCAAGAAUUGGCACGGAUUCGGGCAUUUCAUGAUGAAAUCCAGAUCAAGGAAUUUGACCUUCUCCGGGAACAGCGAGACAAAGCAGUGGACGAAUGUGACACUCUUCGAACGGAAUUGGCCUCGAUGCGUGAUCUGUUACAGUCAACUAAAGCUGAGUUGAACGCGUUACGCAACACCAACGGAUUCCCAUGGGGCGGAUCACAUCCGGAAUCGAAUCGUGUGGAGGAUUUGACUCUGCAUACACAACUGACCAAAAUGACUAUUGAGUUGGAAGCUGCCCGAGCGGCGAGGAACGAUGCGUUGCUACAGUCAGAGAAGCUGGCGGCCCAAUUGGAUGCUAGUAAACAGGCAUUCUAUGAGCUCCGAACCCGAUCGCGCCUAGAUUAUGCCGAUCUGGAGUCCAAACUGACCAUGGUACAGGAGAAACUUCGAGGCUAUGAACAAAUGGAACAAGGAAUUGACGAGGUGAUUGAACACGUCCCCACAUCUGACCAUUCUCAAGACCACAGCCACACGGUUCUGAGUCAACUGGGACAUUUCUGUGUGGAAAGUUGUCGUGGUCCGUCGUCCGGGUCCGUAUUCUUGCCCACACUAGCAGCGCGCCGAUUGGAACACGCGGUAAAAUUGGCCAAGCAGGUGACACAACUCAAAGCGGAAUGUGCCAGACUGGUUGCCGAACGGGAUGCCUCAAAUCAGGAGGCUAAGCUGGAAGGGAGUUCCAAAGAUUGGUUCUUCCGCGAUAGCGAACCGAAGAGGGAUCCUACGAACGAAAGCUUCAACAGCGUAAGUCCAUGUCCACGAGUCCCGGUCUGCUCGCGCAGAGGGAAAUACUCCAUCAACUCUGGACCCAUGUCACCGCGAAGAAUGCGUCGCAUACAGAUGAUAUCACCCCGUACUCGGCGAUAG